CCCGCCCACACAGCAGCGGCAGCGCAAUCCAUUGUGCCGGCGGGCGGGGACUGGAGCGCACACACGCAGCGCUGGAGCCCCGAGCCAGCCGCCCUGCGUCCCGCCGCCGCCACCUCGGCCGGUGGGAAUGCUUGCUGUUUCUACCACAAGGCUUUAAAUUUGGUGAGUCAGAAGAAUAAACUGAAGGAUGCCAUCUGAGAGGUGCCUCAGUAUUCAAGAAAUGCUGACAGGUCAGAGGCUUUGCCAGUCCAAUUCCCAUAAUGAUGCUGUCUUGGCAGCCCUGAACCAACAGAGAAGUGAUGGCAUACUCUGUGAUGUCACUCUCAUUGCAGAAGAACAGAAAUUCCAUGCACAUAAGGCAGUCCUUGCAGCUUGCAGUGACUACUUCCGAGCAAUGUUCAGUCUCUGUAUGCUUGAAAGUGGAGCUGAUGAAGUGAAUCUGCAUGGUGUCACAAGCCUAGGUUUAAAACAGGCCUUGAAUUUUGCAUACACGGGACAGAUUCUCCUGGAGCCGGGAGUGAUUCAGGAUGUACUGGCAGCUGGGAGCCACCUACAGCUGCUGGAGCUCCUCAGCUUAUGUUCUCACUAUCUCGUCCAGGAAUUAAAUAGCUUUAAUUACUUGGACUUGUAUAAGCUUGCUGACCUCUUUAAUCUCACAUUGCUGGAGAAGGCAGUUGUUGACUUCUUAGUAAAACACCUCUCUGAGUUGUUGAAGAGUCACCCUGAGGAAGUCCUGGCUCUGCCAUACUGUCUCCUUCGAGAAGUCCUGAAAAGCGACCGACUCACUUCACUAAGUGAAGAGCAAAUCUGGCAGCUAGCCGUGAGGUGGUUGGAACACAAUUGCCGCUAUCAGUACAUGGAUGAACUCCUCCAGUACAUCCGCUUUGGGCUUAUGGAUGUGGAUACACUGCAUGCUGUCGCUCUUUCUCAUCCACACGUGCAAGCUAGUGAAACUGCAACAGCUCUUAUUAACGAGGCUCUGGCAUACCACCAGAGCAUAUAUGCACAGCCAGUUUGGCAGACUAGAAGGACAAAACCUCGCUUCCAGUCAGACACCCUGUACAUUAUUGGUGGCAAAAAACGUGAGAUCUGUAAAGUAAAAGAACUCCGGUACUUCAAUCCAGUCGAUCAGGAGAAUGUUCACAUAGCAGGGAUUGCAAACUGGAGUGAAUUGGCUCCCAUGCCAGUUGGGAGGAGUCACCACUGUGUAGCUGUCAUGGGCGACUUCCUAUUUGUAGCUGGUGGAGAGGUUGAGCAUGCCACAGGACGUACUUGUGCGGUAAGGACUGCCUGUCGCUAUGAUCCCCGUAGUAACUCUUGGGCUGAAAUAGCUUCAAUGAAGAACUGCCGGGAACAUUUUGUACUGGGCACUGUGGAUGAGUACCUUUUUGCAGUAGGGGGCAGAAAUGAACUGCGCCAAGUUUUGCCUACGGUCGAGCGAUAUUGUCCCAAGAAGAACAAGUGGACCUUUGUACAGUCCUUUGACCGAUCCCUUUCAUGUCAUGCAGGAUGUGUGGUGGAUGGUCUUCUUUGGAUAUCAGGAGGAGUAACAAACACUGCGCAAUACCAAAGCAGGCUAAUGGUCUAUGAUCCGAUGCAGAAUAAGUGGCUGAGCCGCAGCCCCAUGUUGCAGAGGAGAGUGUACCAUUCCAUGGCUGCUGUCCAAAGGAAGCUUUAUGUUUUAGGUGGGAAUGAUCUGGAUUAUAAUAACGAUCGAAUUCUCGUACGUCACAUAGACUCUUACAACAUUGACACCGACCAAUGGACACGCUGCAGCUUCAACAUGCUGACAGGUCAAAAUGAAUCUGGAAUUGCAGUCCACAAUGGAAGAAUAUAUUUAGUUGGUGGCUAUUCAAUUUGGACAAAUGAGCCUUUGGCAUGUAUCCAGGUGCUGGAUGUUAGCAAGGAAGGAAAAGAAGAAGUAUUCUACGGGCCUACACUUCCUUUUGCUUCCAAUGGGAUAGCAGCAUGCUUCCUUCCAGCUCCUUACUUCACAUGCCCCAACCUUCAAACUUUGCAAGUGCCUCACCACAGGAUUGGCACUAUAUGAGGAAAGGAAUACAAAGUUCAUAACAGGAGAAGGGGGGAAACAGUACUUUUUGAUCAAGCAAGAGAAUUAUUCAGUUUAAGCUGCUUCUUUGUCUUUUACACGUUUGUCUUAAAGUCAGCUAAUGGUAGG